UAUUGCUAAUUGUAAUGCAUAUAAUUGCUAAUUAUAACGUAUAUAAUUGCUAAAUCUACAAAGAAUAAUUGAAAUUUGUUAUUGCUAAUUAAAAUCUUGCUAACUACCCACGUGUGCUUAUAUCAGUAGAAUGUCUCCGACAACAUACUUUUGCGAUACGCCAAAUCAUGUCUUCCACCCGCAUUUCAUCAUACCUCAUAUUUAUUCAUGAGGAUGCGAUGAUCAGGUUGACUUGUCUGCCAAGUCAACCAUGCCAAUCUUGCAUGGCUCGGCCAGCCUGCGAAACGCGUCUCUCCGUCGUAACGAUCUCAAUUUUGGAGAGCACGUAAACAGGAUCUGUUCCCAACAGUCAACGGCCUCAUCUCCCUCCCCUUCCCUCCCUCCCUUCGCGGACUGCCAACCAUCCCCCGCCUCCUCCCUUCUUAAGCUUCCCUUGAUCUCUUCCCACAUCCAAAACCUUUAACCCCGCCCCGAUCUGUUGCUAACGACUGCUAAAGACGAUGAUGGAGAAGGAAGAAGAAGUGGAUGGCAAUCAGAGAGCCGGACAAGAAGGCACGAUGGAUCUGCCAUUGCCGGAUCCGGGGCCGGUGAAGGAGGACGUGCUGUCGUUUAGCUGCGACCAGUGCGACAAGGAGACGGUGCACAAGAUCGCGCAGCUCUUGAACCCGGGGCUGGCCGGGGCCUGCGUCGACAACACCACCGGCCUCUUCCGGGGGCCGGCCACGGUGGCGGUCCUCAUCAGGAAGGAGAUGGUGGACUACAUCACGCCGAGGAGCGAGACGUUCGUGGCGGAGACCAUGGCGCAGGGCGACGGCAACGCAGACCCGGCGGAGGAGGCCUCCGACGACCCUGCCGACAUCGUGUCCGACAUCGUCGACGAGUUCGCCCGCUCGAAGCGGAACUUCUUCAGCCGGGUGUCGGCGUGGAUCCUGAGCGACAGCCGGGAGGACAAGAUCGACGACUUCGUGCAGGAGAUGGAGACGAACGCGUUCUGGCCGAUGGACCGACGGGAGGUCAUCGCCGAGACGCUGCUCAGGAACGUCGACUUCAAGAACGCCUACCACUGCUCCAUGAAGUUCGAGUCGGAGCAGCAGUUGGCGGAGCACAGAGACAGCUGCGGCUUCCGGAUCGCGGAGUGCACCAACGAUGGGUGCCGCGUCAAGUUCUCCGCCGCCCACCGGGAGAAGCACGACGCGGAGUGCCCCUUCAAGAUCCUCCCCUGCGAGCAGAAGUGCCCGGAGAGCAUCAUGCGGCGGGAGAUGGACCGGCACUGCAUCACCGUCUGCCCCAUGAAGCUGAUGAACUGCCCCUUCUACCAGAUCGGAUGCCAGUCCGCGUUCCCGCAGUGCACGCUGGAGAAGCACUGCGAGGAGUUCCUCCACUCCCACCUGCUCUACGUUCUGCAGGUGAUCCACAAGCAGGAGGCGUCGGAGGAGGAGAUGGAGCAGCGAGCGCAGCUCCUGGAAAAGUCAGAGUGUCAAAAAGAACUAUCUGAAGCAUUGGAUGUGAGAUCUCUUACCAUGGCAGUCAAGGAGCAGGAAGCAAAGAUGAAGAAACUUGAACGUGAUCUCAGCAUUGCUAGCUAGAAUCUGGGAUGUCUACACCUGUGAACAACAAAAGGAUUCGGUUUCUUUUGUCUUUGGGAAUAAUCCAAUUUCCAAUCUUUAUUCUUUUGUAGAUUUGAUGAUGCUCGGAAGGCAAUCCACAAGAGUUUUCUUUCUUUCUUCUUUCUUUUUCUCUUCUUAUGAAUAAAUCACUUCUUGAUCUUCUACCGACA